AUGCGUUUAAACAAUGUUUUGAAUUUUCGCGAUAUGCGUCGAUACACAAAAAAUCCACUCGAAGUUAAAUUCGAAGAACUGUUGCCGCUUAAAUUGAAAGAAAAAGUAUCUGGUAAAGGGGAUAGGUCCAAAGAACGUGCAUGUGUUCAUGAAAUAUCUAUUAUGUUUGCCUGCUUCAAAAAAAAUGAAUUUGACCAAGCUCGUUGUUCAGAUGAAAUUACCAAGUUUCAAGCAUGUGCAACUAAAAAUUACGCUGACAAGUUUAAAAGAAAACAAGACAUGCAAGAAGGAAGAAUUUCUACUGGGAAAGAUAAUCUUACUCCCAGAGAAAUCAAUUAUCUUCUGAAAAAAUAUCCAAAUCCGUAA